UUUCCAAAGCAGGAGCCCUACCCAGCUCUCUGUCCAAGCACUCUGCUCAGCCCAGAGGAGCAGCCACACAGAAAAAAAAAAGUUAAAAUCAACUCAGAGCUGAGGAGGGAGGGAGAGAGUUGUGAGAAAACGCCCUGGAAACUCGGUUGAUCGAGAAAUAGGAAAAGAGUGACAGAAUCCUAUCAGACUGCAAAGUUGCGACUGGAAGAAGUGCUUUUCUUGGGCUGAGGAGAAGGGGAGAGGACAUGUUUUUGAGGAUGCUCAAGCUGGUGUGAGGCUUCUUGGGCGCAGGAAAGAUUCCGCGCAGAAGUCAAGAAUACGAAAAACAAAACAUCAGACUGAAGCCCUUGGCUUUGCUUGAGCAAUCCAAAGAAAACCAAGGCAGAGUGUCCAUCACACCAGGGCUUGAAUAGAGGGAAACAAAAUCAAGAUGGCUGAAGAGGAGGAAACUAGGGAGGUGCUCUUUCCAGAUUGGGAGGGUCCGGACAAAACUGGCUUGACCAUUGAACAGACAAGGGAAGGCGAGAUCUUUGUUAAGGAGGUGAAAGGAGAGUCACCUGCAGCACGGUCUGGAAAAGUAUAUGAAGGUGACCAGAUUGUGGGCGCUACUAUCUACUUUGAUAACAUGAGCUCAACAGAAACAGCUGAGCUACUGAAGACAUUGAACCGUCACAAGGUUGGACUGAAACUACAAAACAAAGGAGACAAAUCUCCUUACUGCUCACCCCUGAGCACACCAUGUCGUUCACCAAUGGGCACCCUGACCUGGGAAGGGAAGACCCGAUUUGGAGGUUCCAGUCCAGACAUUAUCCUUAGUGGGGAUGAUGAGGACUAUAAGAGAAUAUACACAAAAAAGAUAAAACCAAGGCUGAAGUCUGAAGAUCUUGCAGAGGGAGUAGAUGUGCGCACAGAGCGGCAUAGCAGCACAAGCAGCGAUGGCAGCACAAUUACCACCAUCACUCGCCGCAUCACUACCUACACUGUCGAUAUGCCGAGUGGCAUAAGUGAGCAACUUGAACUUUCAAGCUCAGAGCUCAAGGGGCUAAGGCACGAAUCUGGGGAUGGCUCUCCUCAUAGCCCUUCAGGUAAUGUGGGAACAGAAGAGGGAGUUUUUGACUCAAGCAGUGUCUCUUAUACAGGGCCACAACUUAGCUCCACAGAGACCCGCUGGGGCACAAGGGGAGUUCAAACCACAACAAUUACCGGAGAUGUAGAAAGAGAAAGUGGUCUUAGAUUUAAAGGACCUAACUUUGGAGUAACAGGAGGCAAAGGCCAGGGAGGCUUUGAGAUCUCAAGAGGGAGUGGAGAGCAUGGAGAUGGAAGCAUUCAGGUAUCAGAAACAAGCAUGGCACUAAGAGACAGCACAACUACUGGUAGUAGACAUGUUACAAAAGGAGAGUUGGGAGGUGCAGAGGCAAUCUCAACUGAUGAGAAUGGAGGAUCAGUCGGUCUGGGAGGUGUUAGAAUAGGAGGAUCAAAAGCAACAUUAGGCUAUGUUACCUCAGGGUAUUCCUCAGGGUCAGGCAAGAUUUCAGUGGCAGGUAUGGAUGUGAAUCUUACAGGUUCAAAGUUGAAAAGUGAGGUUGAUGUCAACCUGCCAAGCUCAAAGGGAGGAAUAAAAACAUCAGGAAUAGACACUGAAACUGACAGCACUGUAAAAAUGUCAACAAUCAAGAUGCCUGCAUUUGGAAUGACAGGAGUCAAGAAAGAGGGAACAAGUGUUGAAGUUAAACUCAGUAGUGAUGCAGAUAUGUCAGUACCGUUGACAUAUGAAGAGGUGCAAAAACCUGAAAUAGACAUCAAAGGCACACAUAUGAUAAUUAAAGGUCCUAGUGCUAACAUUGAAGGACCAGCUAUCAAUGUAAGACGCCUGGAGGCUGACAGUGACAUCAAAACAUCUGAAAUAAACUCGAGCAUUCAAGCCAAGAUAGAGAUGUAA